AAGUCAUGCCUCUACCUCAGCUUCAGAAUGGCCGUUGCAUCGUUCUCUAGGAUUCAAUUGCCUGCCACGGCAUAGUUUGUCUUGAUUUGGAUGGAUCAUGCUUUGCGUUCGGCACAACUCCUAUAUAACGAUCACGUGAUAAUACGAUCAAGCAUCAGUCAUCAUGCAUAUUCUGCCAGUAAAUACCGCCUACCAAUCCAGUCUCCUUACCGUCGCGAUACUUCGAGCUUCCCUUCAAGAUGUUUGCCGGCUUCAAGCAAUUCGAGUACUCAAUUCCAUCUUCGCUUUGCGGUCUUGCGUCGUUUCAUACGUUUUAUACCCGUAUACGCGGCUAUUUGCUCGCUUCUACGCUGCCAUCAGACCGAACGACGCGCGCCCUCGAGCGCUGAAAUUUGACUCCGGGAGGAUCCCUGCGCACUCUUCUUUUGGAAAGUCGUCUGCAAGCCAGGAUGCCAAAAUAUAAGUCUACUCCCCCAGUUUACAUUUGAACAGGCGAGUAAUGCUGACAUUUUACUGCACUCUUCUGCGACUACUGCGAUGUCUACCUCACGCAUGACUCGAUGAGCGUGCGUAAGGCACACAAUGCGGGUAGGAAUCAUCUGAGGAACGUGCUGGAGUAUUAUCAACAGAUUGGACAGGAAAAGGCACAAUCUGUUAUCGAUUCCAUAACGUCCUCGUACGCCGCCGAGGGGCAGACUCUUCCCAAUCCUGCCAUGGUCCCUGGAGCGUUUCCUCCCCCAUACGGCAUUCCGGGCCGACCUGGUCAACUACCUCCUCCUCCAUUCGGUGCACCUCCUGGUGUUGCUGUACCUCCAGGAAUGCCACCGCCCCCCGGUGCCCGCGGCCUGCCUUUCCCCCCUCCUCCUCCCUUCGCUACCUCACAAGCCCCCGGCACCCCCUCGGUAGCAGGCUUCCCUCCACCACCCCUCCCAAACAUGCCCCCCGGUGCCCAAGCGUUCCCUCCCCCGCCACCGGGUGGUUUCGUCCCUCCUCCGAACUUCCCAAUCCCGCCUCCUGGCGCUGCUGGAUUCCCUCCCAUGCCGGUUCCGGGCCAGUCUGGUCCAGCGGGUUUCAGUCCCAGUCCCGUUGGCGGCGCGGGUCUUCCGCCUCCACCUGGUGGUGCGCCGGGUGCUCCGCCGAAUCUUUCGGGGCCUCCGCCUAGUUUGGGGGAGAAGAAAUGAGCUUGCUUGCAUUGUUUCUCUUUUGUGGCUAUUAACGGAGUGGGAUUGGUGCCUUUUUUUAUUUUUCCAUGUUUCCAGUUCCUUGUUCAAAUCAUAUACCAACCAGAUUUUUACUGAAUCUAAAAAGGAAUGAAUGAGAGCUUUGAUGC